AUGAAGGUGGACUGUAAGCGUUUGUCAUCUUAUGCAGAAAAAUUGGCCUGGGCAGCCCAAACAAGACUCUGUGCGGUGCUAGUCUUUCCCAAGCAUGCUCGCUACGCUUGGAAUAAGGAAUUACCAACCUAUUCAGAUCCUGCUGGUGGUAUUUCCAGCAGAUAUUUCAUUCUAUGGCAGUUAUUGCGUUCACGAAGCGAAGAGCUUACACCAUCAUUGGCAGCCCUGGGUGGCACUCAGGUAAGGAGGGUGGCACGGCUGGAGCAGGGCCAGAGCAGCCCCGCUCAGGAAGGGGUGCGGAGCGAGAGGCAGGACAUCAGCUGCCGCUUGCCUGCUCAGCCCUCGCCAACGCUGCACGCUGGGCAGCCCGAGCCCCGCUGCACCCAGCAAGGCCCUGCGAGGGAUGGAGGCCCAGAACAUUUCCACAUCAAACAGAGAACAAGGGUGGAUGUUUCUACUCAGGGUAGCUGGGAUGCGACAAUUGCAAGAAGGAAAACAAGGCAACAACAGGAAGUUUUAUGCAAGCUCUGUUACAGAGGCCGGCAAAAAAAGAAGCAGUGGGAAGUGCUGCCACUGAGUUUUGAGCUACUGGAACUUUUGAAACCAUACCUGACAAUGUGCAGUCUUAAAUGCUGCAGUCUCAGAGCCCUUUUUCUAUUGAUGCUAUGUAGGUCAAUGCAAAUUCCUGAAGCUGAAGGAAAAGGUGAAAUUCUACCUCCAACUAUACAAAAAAUAAUAAAAGGAUACAACAAGUAUCUACGUCCAUUUUUUGAUAAUGGUCCUGUGUCAGUUGGAAUGAGUCUGGAUAUUGCAAGCAUUGAUACAAUAUCAGAAAUAAAUAUGGACUACACAGCUACCAUAUUUCUAAGGCAGCGAUGGACUGAUGAGAGACUUUGUUUCGAUGGCAAUAAGAGUUUAAGCUUAGAUGGUCGGCUUGUGGAAAUGCUUUGGGUACCAGAUACCUUCAUAGUUGAUUCCAAAAAGUCUUUUCUUCAUGAUAUCACUGUUGAGAAUCGUCUUAUAAGAAUAUACCCUAAUGGAACAGUCUUGUAUGCUCUACGGAUCACCACAACUGUUGCAUGCAGCAUGGAUCUGACCAAAUAUCCCAUGGAUAAGCAGACGUGUACUUUGCAACUGGAAAGCUGGGGUUAUAACAUCAAUGAUGUCAUGUUUUACUGGACUAGAGGAAAUGAUUCAGUUCGAGGUUUGGACACGCUCCGGCUGGCACAAUACACAGUAGAAGACCACUUUACCUCCGUGUCCGAAGCGGUAUAUGAGACAGGACAUUACCCAAAACUAGUGUUUCACUUUGAACUCAAGAGAAACAUCUUGUAUUUCAUACUAGAGACGUACGUACCAUCAAUCCUACUGGUCGUGCUCUCCUGGGUAUCGUUUUGGAUAAGCCAGUCAUCAGUUCCAGCCAGAAUCUGCAUAGGUGUUACCACAGUCCUUACUAUGACAACACUGAUGAUGGGAGCCAGGACUUCACUCCCAAAUGCUAAUUGCUUUAUUAAGGCAAUUGAUGUGUACCUCGGUAUCUGCUUCAGUUUCAUCUUUGGAGCACUGUUAGAGUAUGCCGUGGCUCAUUUCUGCACCCUGCAUCGACUCAGUUCAAAGGAACUUCCAAAGGAUGAGGAUGAAGAGGCUGAAGAAGAGAGGAAUGGAGUCCUGGCAGCAGUCACUAACAGUUGCAGUGCCCCUGACAAUAUGAACAAGAUCGAUUCAAACAAGAGCAGCAAAACCAGCAUCGACGGAAAAAGGGAGAGAAGUAAACGCAGUGGGUGUAGUUCACCAAUGUCAGUAAUGAAAAGACUUUUCUGUAUCUUUGAUUGCUUCCAUGUUAAAAAUCCUUACCACAUAGACAACUAUGCCAGAUUUUCUUUCCCGUUAUCAUUCAUCAUAAUUAAUGUAUUUUAUUGGGUGUAUUAUUUGUAUUUCUAA